AUGUUGAAACGGAAGUAUUUCGAGCAAAACCGUGGGCAGUUGUUGCAACAGUUGGUAUCUCAAAGAGCUGAUAUUGCAGAGAGAAUGGUCAUAACCUUGGAAGAGUUGAAGAAGGCAACAAAUAAUUUUGAUAAAGCUCGUGAACUUGGUGGUGGUGGACAUGGUACGGUCUAUAAAGGGAUUUUGUCGGACCUCCACGUCGUAGCCAUCAAGAAACCAAAGAUGGUUGUUCAAAGGGAGAUUGAUGAGUUUAUUAAUGAGGUUGCUAUCCUAUCACAAAUCAACCAUAGGAAUGUAGUAAAACUAUAUGGCUGCUGCCUUGAAACAGAAGUCCCAUUGCUGGUCUAUGAGUUCAUAUCCAAUGGAACUCUUUAUGAUCAUCUUCAUGUUGAAGGACCAAGAUCAUUGUCAUGGGAUGAUAGGCUACGGAUAGCAACUGAAACUGCCAAAUCUCUUGCCCAUCUUCACUCAACGGCUUUAGUGCCAAUCAUCCAUAGAGAUAUCAAGCCUGCUAACAUACUUUUGGAUGAUACUCUAACAGCAAAGGUAGCAGACUUUGGCGCUUCAAGGUACAUUCCUUUGGACAAAUCAGGGCUCACAACAAUGGUGCAAGGUACACUAGGAUAUCUCGAUCCGAUGUACAUGCACACAUGCGCCUCACGGAGAAAAGUGAUGUUUAUAGCUUUGGUGUUAUGCUUAUAG